AUGGCUGGUCAACGCUUCGAGACUUUACAGCUUCAUGCUGGCCAGGAACCUGACCCGGCUACCAACUCCCGUGCUGUGCCCAUCUAUGCCACUACCUCCUACGUCUUCAAUGACUCUGCUCACGGUGCCAGACUCUUUGGUCUCAAAGAGUUUGGUAACAUCUAUUCCCGCAUCAUGAACCCCACCGUCGACGUCUUCGAAAAACGCAUCGCUGCUCUCGAAGGCGGUGUUGCCGCCGUCGCAGCCUCGUCAGGCCAAGCAGCCCAGUUCAUGGCCAUCUCGGCCCUUGCCCACGCCGGAGACAACAUCGUCGCUACCAGCAACCUCUACGGCGGCACCUACAACCAGCUCAAGGUCUUUCUGCCGCGCUUGGGCAUUCAGACCAAGUUUGUGAAUGGCGAUAAUGCAGAGGAUAUUGCUGCUGCCAUUGACGAUCACACCAAGGCGGUUUACGUGGAGACUAUUGGAAACCCGAGAUACAACGUGCCUGACUUCGAGGCUAUUGCCAAGGUUGCGCAUGAAAAGGGUGUUCCUCUAGUUGUUGACAACACAUUCGGUGCCGGUGGCUACUUUGCGCGCCCCAUCGACCACGGCGCCGAUAUCGUCGUGCACAGCGCCACCAAAUGGAUCGGCGGACACGGCACCACUAUCGGCGGCGUGGUCGUUGACAGCGGAAAAUUCGACUGGGGCAAGCACGCCGCUCGAUUCCCUCAAUUCGUCGAGCCUGCCGAGGGAUACCACGGCCUUAAAUUCUGGGAAACUUUCGGGCCUAUCGCAUUCGCUAUCCGUGUGCGAGUUGAGAUUCUGCGUGAUUUGGGUUCGGCGUUGAACCCGUUUGCGGCCCAGCAGUUGCUGUUGGGAUUGGAGACGUUAAGUUUGCGUGCGGAGAGACAUGCCAGCAAUGCAUUGACUUUGGCAAAGUGGUUGGAGAAGAAUGAGAAUGUUUCCUGGGUGUCUUACCCUGGUCUUGAAAGCCAUGCCAGCCAUGAGACUGCAAAGAAAUAUCUGCCUCGUGGAUUCGGUGGUGUCUUGUCGUUUGGUGUCAAGGGCGGUGCUGCCGCUGGAAGUCAGGUUGUUGAUGGCUUCAAGUUGAUUUCGAACCUUGCCAAUGUUGGCGACUCCAAAACCCUCGCUAUCCACCCCUGGUCAACCACCCACGAACAGCUUUCCGAAGAAGAGCGUAUUGCCUCUGGUGUCACCGAAGACGCGAUCCGUAUUUCGGUCGGAACAGAGCAUAUUGAUGAUAUUAUUGCAGACUUUGAGCAGUCGUUCCAAGCUGCCAGUGCCGCUGGAGCGGACAAGACUGCGUUGCCUGAUCGGACUGCGUGA